AUGCGGCUCACGCUUCGCCAGGAAUGGCGACCGCGUGCACUAGAAUCGUUUUUGGGCUUCUUAGACAUCAAAACAGGCGUCAGCAUCGUGGUGCUAUUCGCUUGGUGGCAGUCUUGCUCAGAUCAGCAUGUACCUCUAUUCGGUAAUAGCCCUCGCUGUAUUUUUUGGGGCCUGAAGAUGGUCUUUCAGGAAGACGCUAAGCGGACGUUCUACUUCGCGCAUGCGUUCCUGGCUGAUCACCUUCUUAAUACGAUAUGGACUUUAUUUUUUGCCGUCGCAUGGUGGUAUUGGAACCCGCAUGACGGGAAACGGAUCGCCAAUUCUGCAGCACAGAAAGAAGUGAUGGAAUCUGGUGGACCCGCGAUGACUGAUGAAGAGCGCGCAACACAGGCCCAACAGAUUUGGAAUAAGGAAAAAGGCUUUGCUGCGGCUAUUUUGAUUACUGGUUGGUUAUUGAAGAUUUACUUUGCAUCAUUAAUUUACUCUUACGCUAUCCAUUUGCGACGAGGGUCAUAUCGGUCCCUACCUCUUACGAAUCCUAAUCCAGAUCCCUACCGGUCACAAGCCAACGUCCGUGAGUACGAAUCAAACGAUGAAGAAGGAUAUCCGCGCUUCGGUGCGGCACCUUCUGCACACGCAGCUGGGUCACCACGAAGACGACCAAAUGGGCUCAACCUUAGCUCCUCGGGACCGAGCAGGCCGUCCGCCAAGAUUGUCCAGGAUCUCGAAGCGCCAAUUGAAUCAGUGCUGUGGGACGAAGAAGGCGAAGAAGGCGAGGUCGAAGCGAGCGGCAGAGUCCCUGUAAUGACUGAUAUGUCAGGCUCAUACGGCCGUGAGGGUGGGAGUGAGCCUACGGACAGUGGAAGCGAUCAAGGCGAUAUCACAUAUACCACACAAACAGGAGAUUCGCGGCGUCAGCGGUAG